AUGGGUAUGUUCCGCCGUUUCAAGACGAGCGGGAAGAAGAAGAGCGGGCCGGCAAGCGAGAAGCAAACCGAGGAGCCACCAGAGGAGUUGUUCUCGACGGCAGGCGCAUACGGACUCAAAACGGUAGCGGAAGGAGCGACUGAUACCGUAGACCUCACUGGAAACCGCGAAACCACAUGGACGUACAAAAACUCCAUCUUUUGGCCCAAAGACCUGCUCGCGAAUGACCUCAAAAACGUGCGCAUCUUCACCUUUGGGUAUGACGCAGAUGUGGUCAAGCUCCUCACUACCGCGGGCGGAAACACCAGCUCACGACCAGUAAUCUUCGUAGCCCAUUCCCUCGGCGGCCUCGUCGUCGAACAAGCCCUCCUAAUCUCGCGCGGCACCUCCCAACUGCACGUAAAAUCACUCCUCACCUCCACUUUCGGCAUCGCCUUCAUGGGAACCCCCCACCUCCGCUCACGAAAAGCAGACUGGGCAGCCCCCCUAACCCGCCUAUCCUCUCUCGUCCUCAAAACCAACAAAGCCAUCGUCGCAGUCCUAGAACCAGCCUCAGAAAUGCUAUCAACCCUCCAACAAGAAUUCCACACCCUCCUCGAAGACAGACGACGCAAUGAAGGGAAAUGGAUUGAGAUAUUCUGUUUUUACGAGGAGUUGAGUUAUGCUGGGAUUGGGGAUAUCGUGCCGCGUCAGUCAGCGAUCCUGCCGGAUUCAGCGGAGCAACAGAUCCGGGGUAUGUGA